AUGAAAAGAGGAUCUUUUGGAUUUAUUCAUGCUGAUAAUUCAUAAAACUAAGAGGUUAAUGGAGGUCAUACACAAGAAACCGUGAGAAACAGUAACAAGUUCAAGCGAUUUUGGACGGAUGACUUCUCUCAUUUUCAAAAGAGAUAGGUUAAAAUAGAAACAGAGUCAAAUCAAACUGAAUAUAAAUCGCAGGCAUUAAAAGAGAUGGCUUAACAGAAAAAACUUAAGUUUCUUGAAACCCCACCUAAUUCAAUAGUCAACAGAUUAGAAUAAUAAUAAGUAAAUAAUUUCAAAUCACUUUAGACUGUGCCCUUCUAUAUAAAGUAAAGAGAGGAUCAAAUAAAACAAGCCAAGUAAUUUAAAUCUCACGUUAAAGAUCAGAUAUAUAAGGAUGAUGAUGUUAAUAAAAAGGUUUGUAUCUUCCUAAUAGAAGCCUUUUCGGCUAUAUUCAUCAUCCUUAUUACUGCUCAUCUAUUUUUACACAAGUAUUUCUAGUGA